CGGGGUGUGGAACCGAUCGCUGCUGUGGCCUGCAAUCCUACCGAAUUCCUUGUUUGGUAUUUGGUACCCAAUCGUUGCUUUCCUUUUGAUCUUUUUCACCGAUAAAAAGGUGGUCUUUCGUUGGCUUCCCGGGAGGGGAGUGAGAGGCGAGGGGAAGAGGGAAUCAGGGCCUUCGGGAAUGUAGGUGGUGCGGACUGGGGUCGCUUUUGGCUUUGGGUCGGGUAGUGGGUACUGAGAUCGCUGCUGUAGAUGAGCUGCUUUCCUUGUUUCGGCCCUCGCCGGUGGGAAGCGAGCGGUAGAAUCAAUGACAGCGGUGGCUCCCGAUCCGCUUCGACAUUCGUCGUCGAUUCUUCCUGUGGGAGUACAUCUGCAAGAAAAUUCACCUUUAGGGAUCUCGCAAUAGCCACCCAGAACUUUAAGGAAACCAAUUUGAUCGGGGAAGGAGGCUUCGGAAGGGUUUUCAAAGGGCGGCUUGAUUCGGGCCAGGUGGUGGCCAUCAAGCAUCUUAAGCACGAUGGACCUCAGGGGAGUAAAGAAUUCUUGGUGGAGGUUCUCAUGCUGAUCAUGUUGCGGCAUCCUAAUCUUGCGAGUUUGAUUGGAUACUCUGCCGAGGGAGAUGAGAGGCUGCUAGUUUACGAGUACAUGCCCAAGGGCAGCUUGGAAGAUCACUUGUUUGGACACAUGUUUCAACGAGAGUGAUGGGCACAUAUGGCUUCUGUGCUCCUGAUUACGCGAUGAGCGGUAAGCUAACCCUGAAGUCUGAUGUAUACAGUUUCGGUGUGCUGCUUUUGGAGCUGAUAACUGGACGACGAGCUUUUGAUCCUUCAAGGGCUCGUGCAGAGCGGAAUUUAACAAUAUGGGUAUGUUAUGUCAUUUCAUUAUAUUCUGAUUUGCUUUGCAUUUUAUUUCUCGUUGGUAUGUCAAUUCAAUUUAUGGUUCCUUCCAUGUAUCUACACUGUUCAAAGAACAUGUUGGUAUUGCAAUAUAUGUUGGCAAGUUUGAGGCUUCCUCUUGUUGGAAUGCUGACAAAGUCCAAUUCCCUUUUCCAUCUUAACUUUGAAUUGUUGCUAAUGACUUACUUGCCUAUGUCUUUCCUUCAGUUACGUCCCCUUUUCUCAAUGAUCGGAGGAAGUUUUCGCAGUUAGUCGAUCCAUCUCUAGAAGGACGAUAUCCACCACGAGCCUUUCAUCAGUUGGUUGUCAUCACCUCAAUGUGUCUCCAGUAGCAGGCGCAUGUUCGGCCCAUCAUAGCUGAUGUCGUCUUUGCUCUAGACCAUGUGGCAUCUCAGCCCUAUAUCCAAGGAUCCGACUCCAAGAUCAUCAAGUCCUCUCCAUCCCCCUCUUGAGAACAAGGGUACAGCCUCGAGAGGAGUUUGGCCCAACAAUUCACCAAGUUGAGGCGUGGCAAGUCUACAGAAACAACAAUAUGGAUCAAGGGAUUGGGUAUGGUACAUUGCUCAUAUAACCAACCACAUGUAACUGCUGUUUGAACCUUCUCAGGCAAUGAUCAUUAGAUACCGGUAUCACCUCGUCAAGGAUAAUUAGCCGAUGUAAGAAGCCUUACGACAUCCGUUUUGUACAGGUUAAACAUGCUUCGAGUUCUCAAAUCUGAUGCUUAUGUAGAACUAUGGUAUCAGUCGAGAUUUGCGAUAAUCCGCUGAGAUCCAUGGAUGUUGACAUCAAGAUCUGUGUGCAUCCGGUUUUUGUCGAUAACUACUGUGUACAUAUACAUUGUUUUGA